CGCAAAACCCCAUCAAAACCCUUCUCCUUCUUCUUCCCCUCUCCCUCUCUCUCUCCUCUUCGGUCGUCGUCCACUUCAAUGGCCUCUCGUUGCAGAUCUUUGACGAAGCCGGCUCUCUCCCUCUUCAAAUCCACCGUCUGCAAGCCGACUCCAAAACCCACGUGCUCGCCAUCUCUCCUCACCGCCCGUUCGUCUCUCACUCCGACCAGGUCGUUUUCUCAAUUGGGUACUCUUCAAUCGAUGCUCCCAUUGUACACGGCGGUCUCGUCGGCGAGGCUCACUUCGUGCCUCGGCAUGGAUUCGAGGAGCUCGAGGUCGAUGUGUCAGGGUAUGCUUUGCAGUGCGAACCCAGGAGUUUGAUAAAUCUCCAAAUGUUUUGUGUUUGUUAUCUAGCUAGGUCUCAGCGUGCCUCGAUAAGGGAGCAGGACGAGGAAGCCAUCAACUGUUGGAAACGCUGCCUCGGGUGUCUCAUUUUUAUUCAUGACAUUGACAUUCUGGCAGUGCUUGGACCUGAAUUGGCACCGUGUAACUUGGGUCAUGCAACUUUAUGUAUCUUUUUGGACAAAAUGAGAUAUGUGGCAUGGUUUCCUUAGGGUGCACAAACUA